AAAAAUAUCAAAGCCUAUAAAAACCUCAUAAAUAGGCCUUAAUAGCAGGUAAAUGACGAAUUCAAGCAGCUCAGAAGGAUCGGACAGGAGGGUUCAUAUUGUAGUCCGUUUUUCAAGCGGAAAAAAUGACGUCAGAUUGAGUAUUGACGAAGAAAAAACAAUACGGCAGCUUAAGGAGCGAUUGAGAGAGAUGGAGCCAGAGAUGCUUUAUAAAAGGACUCUACGUAUCAUAUACCUUGGUAAAAUUCUAAGGAAUGACUGGGUUUUAUCGGAAGUCCUGAAUAAACAAUGGAUAAAUCGGUCGGAAGUGAUAUUUCAUUGUAGUAUUGGUGGAGAGGUAGAAAGAGGGGAAGAUGAAGAGCGUGAGGUAAAUUCUCGAUGGAGUGAAUAUGGGGAUGUAGUAGCGUUGCGGCUAACGUGUUUUUUAUUUUUUGGAGGUGUCAUAUGGUUCGUCUAUUACACCGUUACCACUUGGGUUUGAUCGAUUACGGGAGGUGGGAUUUUCAGAGCGAGAGAUUGGGUUAUUAAGGGAGCAAUUUAUGAUGAUUCAUGGGGGGGAGUUGGGGGAAGGACAGACGGAACCUGCGUUGCAAUUGGAGGAAGAUUGGAUUAAUGAGACUACAGGAGAAAAUAUAGUACAAGAAGGACAUAGGGCGUAUGAAGAUAUGAUAUUAGGGGCGAGUAUUGGAUUUAUUGGGG